AUGUCACAAGACAAGGUGUCAGCGCGACUUUUAAGGACGGCUGUCUUCAUUACUGGCAUACUUGUAUUUCUUGCACUUCCUUUCCUUCCAGGGAGGCCAAAACAAAAUGGCGUAAAACCAGUGAGAAUUUUACUUCACUCUGAGGAGCCGCAUGAACCAAAUGAGCCAAAUGAGUCAAACGCGCCGAAUGAACGUUUCCUCGUCGCAUUCGGCGAUUCCUAUAGCCGCAGCGGCUUCCGAACCAACUAUACGUAUACAAGGACCGGACCCGGAGUGGAUGACAUGCAAAGGACAGAACGGCCAAAAGGCGACCGUGUAGACGCACCCAGUGCGCUAAAUCCAAUCGGCAAUCCAGCGUUGCCGGGAAAUACAUCGUCUGGUGGUAAUAAUUGGGCUACAUACAUGGCAACGGAAUUCAACACUACGCUUACUCUGGCGUAUAUCUUUGCCCGAUCUGCGGCGGUGGUGGAUGCAGAGGUAAUCCCAUCGAGGAGCAAGUCAUCGUUUUCGUUCGCGCAGCAGAUCGUUCAUUUCCAGGAUGCCAUCGGCCAUCGUCCUCACUAUGCAGCGUGGACUGCCAACAACAUAGUUGCGACAGUCUGGUUCGGCUUCAACGACUUAUCUGUCGUAUCGCACAAGGGAGGUCAGGCCCGUGCAUUGGCGGCUGCAAAUCGGCGUAUCUUUGACCUAUCUCAGAUCCUCUACGAUACUGGAAUCCGCAAUUUUGUCUUCAUAGAGGUCCCACCCAAGGAAUUGUUUCCUUCUCAUCAGGCAAAGAAGUCGAAUGAUACGCAUCAUAGGUAUGAGAUGGUCGCUUACGUUGUGAAUCGCUGGAAUAGCCUUCUUAGGCAAAACACUAUUCGCUUCCGCAAGGCCCAUCCAGACGCAAAGGUCGCAUGUGUGGAGGUAUGGGACAUAUUCUAUGAGGCUUUCCUACGGCCCCAAAGUCUGGGCGCACCAAACUCAACUUGUCUUGAUCCCAGCGGCAAAGGCUGCUUAUGGUCCAAUACAGCGCAUCCUGGGGAGAAGAUCCAUCAACUCAUUGGCGCUAGAGUAGCUGAAGAGGCUUGGGGCUAA